UGCAGACAUAGCAGACAGGACACACACUCACCCUGUCCAGUGUAAACUUUCUUCACACAUGGGGGACUUUUCCUGCUGGUUCGCCUCCCAAUGUGCUGUCACACCAACAGACAUCUAUCAAGCCGUUAUAGAUGAGAGGAGGCAUUCUCAGUCUUCUUCCACCAGUUGAUCAAAGAUGUCAUGACGUGACCAGCAUGCAUGACGUCGCUCACGUCUGCUACGAGCUAAAUUUGAAAGUAAACAAGCAACUUUAGCGUCCGUUGGGUUGUACAGAAAAAGUUUGGAUCACAGUCUCCAGGACAAAGCAAGUUUCCCUUCCCAGGUUAUCUACAGUAUACUUGCCAGGGGUGCUGCUAGGCAAAAAGCUCGAAUGUGGCUCAGGCCCCUUCGUGCAGUGGUCUGCGACCACUGGUCCACGACCCCACUAUCACUUGAAUGAAAGUAAGAUGUGGCUGCUCCAUAUUUAGAGUGAGACACAGGUACUUCCUGUUUCUUCUGUCUCUGGUGGCAGUGUGUUUGCUGAAGCUGGUCUACCUCAAAGUGACAGUGUGGGAUAGCACCUAUAUUGACCCCCAUGGAAUCACUGGCAACCUAUCUGGAAUUCACAGCCACACGUAUGAUGUCAACUGCACCGCUAUCUACGAACUUGACCCAGUGGAAAUAGGCAAAGCUCUUGAGUUAAAACAAAAAGUUCUUGUUGCAGUGAAUGACGAAAGCACCAUAAGUCUGACCUCGGACUGUCCAACCUUUUUAAAAACAAGACAUUAUAAUGGUGUUGCAAUUUCAGCGGUAGAGCACAACUUUCCACUGGCUUAUUCCCUGGUGGUGCAUAAAAAUGCACCCAUGGUGGAGCGUAUUCUUCAUGCCAUCUAUGCACCUCAAAACAUCUACUGCAUUCACUAUGACCAAAAGUCUUCUCCAACAUUCAUUAAGGCCAUGGAGAACCUCGCUCGUUGUGUCCCGAGUGUGUUCAUUGCCUCAAAACUAGAAUCUGUUAAAUACGCCCAUAUUAGCAGACUUAACGCCGAUCUCAACUGCCUUUCUGACCUACUGAGGUCAGAGGUCAAGUGGAAAUAUGUGAUCAAUCUCUGUGGCCAAGACUUUCCACUCAAGUCCAACAAUGAACUAGUAAGAGAGCUGAAGCAGCUGAACGGCAACAACAUGCUUGAGUCCAGUCGCCCCAGUAAGGUGAAGAAACAACGCUUCAGCUUUCAUCAUGAGCUAAGGAAUGUGCUGCAUGAGUACCAAAGUAUUCCUGUGAAAACCGCUAUAGCCAAAGAUAUUCCUCCACAUGGAAUCAUGGUGUUCAUUGGGAGUGCAUAUUUUGUCCUGUCGCGCGAGUUUGUGAAUUACAUAAGCAACAACAAAGUGGUGAAAGACUUUUUGGCAUGGUCAGCAGACACUUAUUCACCGGAUGAACACUUUUGGGCCACCCUUGUCAGGAUGCCAGGAGUACCAGGUCACAUUCCCAGGUCAGCUCCAGAUGUCACAGACUUAAAGAGUAAGACACGACUUGUUAAAUGGCACUCUUAUGAAGGGCAUUUAUAUCCACCCUGCUCAGGUAUACAUGUGAGAAGUGUUUGCAUCUAUGGAGCUGCAGAACUUCGUUGGCUCCUCGACGAUGGUCAUUGGUUUGCUAACAAAUUUGACCCUGACGUUGACCCAAUCUUGAUCAGUUGUUUGGAGAAGAAGCUGAUAGAACUGCAGCACUACUACGCAUAGAAAUUACACUGAACAUCUGAACUUGGUGGAAACAUGCCUCAAAGUUUUUAAACAUGCGUACAUAACUGUGGAAUGUACUUCUCAUUGUCAUUUUGACAAAAACUAUUGCAAAAAUGAAAAGUUUGUCAUGCAA